AUGACGGCCACUAGCGACGGCCGGAGAUUCCUCGUCUUCUCUAAUCCUCGGCCGGUUUUUGCGGGACGAGCAGCAGAAGACGGGGCGAAUGAGGAAGGCAGAAGCCUGAACCGUAUUGUCCCUCAUCCGGACGUCGUUAUAUGGGCUAAGGGUCCGCUUCACAAGCGGCUGGAGGCAGUGUGCGCGGGGUACGCGCUGCACCACCUCCUGUCGUCCAAGCUGCCUGCGGGCGUUCCGAAUACCAGCGCCGCGUAUUCCCAGCAGCAAACCCAGCAGCGACCGUUGCGCCUGGCUGUGUUAUGGCUGCCGGAUCGAGCCAUGCCGCACGCCACGCUCAACCACGUGCUGGGCCCUCUGCCUCCCCCGAGUGCGCUCGGCGCAGUGCAAAGCGGCAGCCAGCAGGGCGAGCAUGCGCAGGAGUCGCCGUCGUUCCCGCCGGAUGCGUCCGACGAGGCACUCGUGCUGCAGCACCACCCGAGCUGGCUCAACUCACCGCUUUAUACCUAUGGGGAUUCCCAGCUCUACACUUCCCUCCAGCGCUGCUACAGCCUGCUACAGCCGUCCACAGCCGUGCAGGAGCUGAUAGCCAAGGAGAACAUGACACGUGUCCAGCAGAGCACAGCGGUUUAUAUGGAGCCUGUAGCGCUCUCCCCUAAAUCCCCCCUUUGCACCGGGUGCGACCCUAAAUUCACAGUCAACUGCACGGCUCGCCGCCUCAUGUGGUUUUUUCUCGGGCAGCCGGACGGCGACGCGACGGUGGCAGGUUUCUGGCCGUCGCAGGCGCUGGCUGUGGCGCAGACCUUCCACCCAUCCCGCCAACCGCACCUUCUCCGCGCAACCCUUCGCCGCUCCGCCCUCUGCCGCCCCAACCCCGCGUGGGGGGAACCGCUCCCUCCGCCGAUUGUCCCCGCGGAACCCACACCGCGGGAGAUCGCUGAGCGGGGAUGGUUGGGAAAGCUAGGCUGGUUUGACAGGCGGCUGGAAAUUAGCGGAGGGGGAGGCGGAACUAGUGGGGUACGAGGCGCCGGGGGGAUAGGGUUUGGUAGCGGCGGGAGUGAGGGUGCGGAGCAAGGAGCGCGGGGAGUGGGCGCAUGGAUAGAGUGCGCGCAACUAGAAGCGGCGGAGCUGUUCGCGCUGUCUGCUGCGCGGGGGCUCAUUCACCUGCAGCACUCCCCCCAAGCGGACCUCAUCCGCGCGCAGGCCUCCGCCAAAGGCAGAACCCCCCUUGUGCAUGACGUGCUGGUCGCCCCGGAGAGCUUUCCGCGGAGAGCGGGGGGCGCGCCAACGGCAGCGGAGGGGAGCAGCGGGGAGGAGGGCGGGGAGGGGAGCGGGGAGGGGGGCUCAAGCGCGGAGCGCGGAGUGUUUGAGGUGGAGCGCGGGCUGUGCCAUGCGCCGCCUAUGGUGCCUAUCAACAAGCACCGCAUUGGGAAGCAGCUGAUCGUGGAUGACACAGUGGGAAUGGUGUAUUGCGCAGUGCAGAAGGUGGGUUGCACUAGCUGGAAGGUGUGGAUUCGGCAGCAGCACCACCACCCCAACCCCAACCAGCUUUUAGACACCCACCUACCAGCCACGAGCAACGUCACCGAGGUCUGGUAUUCGCUCUCCGAACCUGACGCCAUCCGAGCCAUCACCCGAACCGACUACACCAGGUUCGUGUUCGUCCGGCAGCCCUUCACUAGGAUCGUAUCUGCGUAUCUCAACAAGCACGUGGCAGGCGGCGGGCCGGACGGGUUCGGGCGGCAGUUCUGGACGAGGAAGUUUUUCGGGCAGCUGUGGGCGCUGCGGGCGCUGGACGGGCUCAGAUUCCGGUCAAGCGAAGGAAAUUCGUCUGCUGGAGGGGUGGAAGGGGGUGAAGGCGUAGCAACAGCAGGAGCAGCUUCAGCAGCAGCAGCAGAAGUGGGGGUUGGGAAGAAGAGCAGCAGCUGGUGGGGAGUGUGGAAAGACAAGAUAGAGAUGGAGAUGGGUCGUCUGCUGUCGUUUGAGGAGUUUGUGCGACUGCUGGGGGAUGCCUGGGACGAGGACAGGCGCUGGUUCCUGGAUGAACACAUCGCCCCUCAGAACAUCCUGUGUGGGCUGGACCGCAUACGCUACGACUACGUGGGGCGCUUUGAGAACAUGGACGCGGACGUGAAGGCCCUCAUGCACCGCUUUGGCCGCGACCCGGGCGACGCCUUUGACUUUGGCAAGAAGAUCCACCCCACCAAGUCCAGAGACCAGCUGCAGCAGAUGUUCAGUAAUAAGGAGACGUACGACAUCGUGAGGCGAGUGUACGGCAUGGACAUGCACGCACCCUUCAACAACAUCUCCUACGACCCCCCUGAGGAGCUCAGCAGAAUCUACGAAGGAUCGGGGGAAGCUGCGCUGGUGUCGGGGGCAGAGGAGGGAUGUGAGUGUGAGGAAGAUGGAAAGGAGAGGGAGAAUGGAGUGGAGGAGUGGAAUGGGGGGAAUGCAGGAGGGCACGAGAGGCAGUGUGCAGAGGUGGCAGAGAGGGACGAGAGUUGGGUGUGA